AUCAAUAAACAAACAAAGAGAAAAAAGCUGACCCCCUCACCCCACCAUCGACCUCUUCAUCUUCCCCAAUUCUCUCCACCAUUUCAAUUACUAUGAUUUCAAUCGACGUAAAUAAUCCAUCUUUUUUCUUCAUUUGGGCGUCAAUUGUUUGAUUUUUCCGAUUGGAGAUCUCAUAUUGAAAUGUGGCGAUCUCGCAGCAGGAACAAUAGUAAUAAUAAUAAUAGUUCCCCAAAAGUUCGUAAAAUACCUUCAAAUCCAGAUUUCAAUCAUCAAUCCUUUAAAGAUAUAGAGACUCUCUUCCCCCAUGGUAGCGUUUCAGAUUUGAAUACCAUUCCUGAAGAACCAUCUUCAUCAUCACAUAAUUGCUCCACCGCCGCAGCCGCCGUCUCCGUCGCCAAAGACGUUAAACGACCAACCAUCUUCCAUCGUGUCCACCUCGCUACCAGAAUUACCCGCGCCUUCUCCGCCCGACCCAAACCAGCCCCUGAAGAAGUUUUAUCAGAACCAAAACCGACGGUGGCAGCUGAGAAAUCGGAAAACCUGGAGAAAUCUGUGAUACCUGAGAAAAUUGCAAAAGUUGAGGAACCUGUGAAAUCCGAUCCGCCGAUCACGAUCCCUGGAGCGGAUAAACGAGUGGUGGUGUACAUGACGAGCCUCCGCGUGGUCCGAUCGACGUUCGAGGCUUGCCGAACCGUCCGUUCGAUUUUACAAGGAUUCCGUGUCCCGGUCGACGAGCGAGAUCUAUCAAUGGAUUCAGCGUUCUUCGAUGAGAUACGAAAGAUCAUGGCUCAAAUAGGACAAGGCAGAAGUGAUGACAAGAGGGUAGACCUGCCUAAAGUUUUCAUCGGCGGAAGAUAUAUCGGAGGGGCGGAUGAGGUGGUGGAACUUCACGAAAUUGGCGAGUUAAAGAAAUUCGUAAAAGGGUUACCGGCGGUGACUCCCGGCGUCUGCAAAUUUUGCGGUGGAUUCAGAUUCAUCCUGUGCUUAGAGUGCAACGGAAGCCAUAAGUGCCAUACUGUGGACGGUGUCUUUAUCACUUGUACUGUGUGCAAUGAAAAUGGUCUCGUCAGGUGCCCUUCUUGUUUGAGCAGUUAAAAAAUAAUUAUAUUUUAGGGAAAAUAUCAAGAAAGUUAGAGCAUUUUUCACAAAUUUUGGAUUAUGUUAAAUUUUAAUUUAUUAAUUUUUUUUUAGUUCUCUUUGAUAAAUUCAGUAAGUAAAAUAUAUGGUAUGCAGUAUCUAUAAACAAAUUGAUUGCUUGAUGCA